AACUCCCUGGAGGUCUGCGUGCUGCUGCGUCAUCGCCAGUGGCCGGUUUGAAUGAGAGCUCUCGUCGCAGCUGAGCCGCCGUUGCCGCCGCCACCACCGCGCCUCCGUGUUGGCCUCCGUCACGGUUUGUUCGACCGCGCCUUUCGCUGCUCUCACCAGGCCCGGCUGUCAGGCAGCUUCGCCUUGCGUGCCCUCCGCCAUGCCGCUGUACUCCGUUACCGUAAAAUGGGGAAAGGAGAAAUUUGAAGGUGUGGAAUUGAAUACUGAUGAACCUCCAAUGGUGUUUAAGGCUCAGCUUUUUGCCCUGACUGGAGUCCAGCCAGCCAGACAGAAAGUUAUGGUGAAAGGAGGAACGUUGAAGGAUGAUGAUUGGGGAAAUAUCAAAAUAAAAAAUGGACUGACACUGUUGAUGAUGGGGUCAGCCGAUGCUCUUCCUGAAGAACCCUCUGCCAAAACUGUCUUUGUAGAGGACAUGACGGAAGAACAGUUAGCAUCUGCCAUGGAGUUACCAUGUGGAUUGACAAACCUUGGUAACACUUGUUACAUGAAUGCUACAGUUCAGUGUAUUCGUUCUGUGCCUGAGGUCAAAGAUGCCCUUAAAAGGUAUGCAGGUGCCUUGAGAGCUUCAGGGGAGAUGGCUUCAGCACAGUAUAUUACUGCAGCCCUUAGAGAUUUGUUUGAUUCCAUGGAUAGAACUUCCUCUAGUAUUCCGCCUAUUAUCCUACUGCAGUUUUUGCACAUGGCUUUCCCACAGUUUGCGGAGAAGGGUGAACAAGGACAGUAUCUUCAACAGGAUGCUAAUGAAUGUUGGAUUCAGAUGAUGCGAGUAUUACAACAGAAAUUGGAAGCCAUAGAGGAUGAUUCUGUUAAAGAGACAGAUUCAUCUGCAGCAGCAGAGGCGCCUUCUAAAAAGAGAAGUUUAAUUGAUCAAUUCUUUGGUGUUGAGUUUGAAACUACCAUGAAAUGUACCGAAUCUGAAGAAGAGGAAGUCACCAAAGGAAAGGAGAACCAGCUUCAGCUCAGCUGCUUCAUUAAUCAGGAAGUCAAGUAUCUUUUCACAGGGCUGAAGUUGAGACUUCAGGAAGAGAUUACUAAGCAGUCUCCAACAUUACAAAGAAAUGCUUUGUACAUCAAAUCUUCCAAGAUCAGCCGGCUACCUGCUUACUUGACUAUUCAGAUGGUUCGAUUUUUUUACAAAGAGAAGGAAUCUGUGAAUGCCAAAGUUCUUAAGGAUGUCAAAUUUCCUCUUAUGUUGGAUGUAUAUGAAUUAUGUACACCAGAACUUCAAGAGAAAAUGGUGUCUUUUCGAUCAAAAUUCAAGGAUAUAGAAGAUAAAAAAGUGAAUCAACAGCCAAAUACAAAUGACAAGAAGAGUCCUCAGAAAGAAGUUAGGUAUGAGCCCUUUUCAUUUGCUGAUGAUAUUGGCUCAAAUAAUUGUGGAUACUAUGAUUUACAAGCAGUGCUGACACACCAGGGAAGAUCAAGUUCUUCAGGUCAUUAUGUAUCAUGGGUGAAAAGGAAACAUGAUGAAUGGAUCAAGUUUGAUGAUGACAAGGUCAGCAUCGUCACACCAGAAGACAUCUUGCGGCUUUCUGGUGGUGGAGACUGGCAUAUCGCUUAUGUUUUACUCUACGGGCCUCGCAGAGUUGAAAUAAUGGAAGAGGAGAAUGAACAGUAAUCUUCAUUAGCUAUUUAUGCUUAGGUGUGAAAUAUUAUUUGAUCAUUUCUAUAAUCCAGAGCUUUAGAGAAAGACAUUUGGGUGGUUUUAUCUGUUUCCCCUCAUGUGGAACAAGAGAGCAGAAGCAGACUUCCAAAUUUCAAAUUAAAAAAUUACUGAAAAUUCCUUUUGGAUUGUGCUGCCAUGUAUAAAAGUGGAUGGAAGACAUUUUUAAGAAAUUAAUUUCUUGCAUUAAUUCAAAAAAAAUUCUGAGUUAAAAUGCUUUUCAACAAUUACAUUGUGGUCAUUUUUCUCCCUGCUUUUUCCCAAGCCCAAGGUUCAGCAAUCAGAUGUGUAUCGCACACCUGUUAUCUACUAUUUGUUGUUGCAUGGUUCAGACCACCACUCAGUAGGUGCCCAUCCUUUGCCUUAUCUAACAUUUUUCCAGGAAGAUGGAAAAAUUAUUGUUCUUCUUGUGUAACUCAGUGCUGCUUUCCACAUCCCAUGGAAACAUGGGUACAAUCAAGUAUUUGUCCAGCCUGACUCAUGCUGGCUUUUCAUGACUUUAAAUUGUGAUAAUAGUACAUUUGAUUAUACAUUUAUUAUUGUUUCUCCAACAUACUAUGGCUUGUACAUUUAACUUUGCAAUGGUUUUGUAGCAAUCAACCUUAAAUGUUGACAAGCUCUGGUGGCUUAUUUUUAGAAAAUGAUGAUAUUUAAUAAUAAAAAAAAAUCGAAGAGGUAUAAACAGCUUUUGACCUCUUUUGUCUUCUGAGUGUUGGAGCUUGGCUAAAGUUGAGUGUGUUUUAAUAUUGUGUAAUUUCUGCAGAUAGUUAACAUAACUGUUCUGUUAAUGCAUCCAUUUAAAAAUAUUUAUCAUCUUUGCCUCCUCGUGCAGUUGUAAUGGAUGUCUUUGGAUGCUGAACAUAGUGGUGUUACUGGGCUCAAUUAUUUAUUGUUAAUUCCCAUCAUCUUAUAUCCAUUUCAGGAUU